AUGGCUCCAUCAGUUGCUAAAAAGGGAAUAAAGAGAUCCAGCAGUGAAAUCUCUAAAGGAUACAAGAAGAAAGCUGCCGAACCAGAAGAAGAUAUUCAAGAAGAAGUUUCUAGUAGCGAAGAUGAAUUAGAUGAUAAAAUGUCUGAAGAUGAAUCCGAAGAAGAUGAGUUGGACGAUGCCGACUCCGAAUCUGAAGAUGAAUUAGAUGAUAAAGAUGAGGAUGAUGAUGAAGAAGGAGGUAGUGAAAAAGAAGGAGGUGAUCAAAAGAGGCAAAAGACCGAUGGGGAUGAAAACAGUAAGACUUCAAAAGAGCAACACGCAGAACAAAAGAAACUUCUCAAGGAAAGAAAACUCAAGCGUAAUGCUGGUGUGGAAAUCGCCCAAAUCAAAGCUAUUUGGGAAAAGUUGAGAGUCAAGACCCCACCAAUUCCAAAGAAGAUCAGAGACAAGUUGUGUCUGGAAAUUUGGACCCUUUCAAAAAGUUGUAUCAAGGAUUUGGUGUUGAAGCACGACGCUUCCAGAGUUGUUCAAACAUUGGUAAAAUAUUCGGAUAAAACUGUCAGACAUGAAGUGGUUCUUGAAUUGAAAGAUCACUACUUUGAUUUGGCAAGAUCUUCUUAUGGUAAAUACUUAUUGAUCAAGCUUUUACAUUAUGGUACCAAGGAAUCCAGAGAAAUUAUUAUUGAUGAACUCCAUGGUAAACUUAGGAAGUUACUCAGACACAGAGAAGGUGCUUAUGUCGUUGAAGAUUUGUUUGUGUUGUAUUCCACCAGUAAGCAAAGACAGCAAAUGAUUAGAGAAUUCUGGGGUGCCAGAUAUGCCCUUUUCAAGGACUCUGUGAAGGAUGGCCAAACCAUUUUGGACGUUGUCAAAGAUAAUGAAGAAAGUAGAAGUUUGAUCGCUAGUAAUUUGAAUCAAACUAUCACCGCCGCCGUGGAAAAAGGUUCAACAGGGUUCCAGCUUUUGCAUGCCGUUAUGAAGGAAUACAUCCAAGUGGCCAGUGAUAAAGAUAUGAAUGAAUUUGUGGAAUUGUUGGCGGAUCAAGUUGCUGAAUUAGUUCACACUCCUGAUGGUUGUGAAGUCGCGUGUGUCGUGAUUGCUAAAGCCUCUGCCAAACAAAGAAAAGCCAUUAUUAAGAGCUUGAAACCUCAUGCUAAGGCCAUGAUCACCAACGAACACGGUAACUUGGUGUUAUUGACAUUAUUCUUGACCGUUGAUGAUACUAAAUUGGUCCACAAAUCAUUUGGUUCUGCGGAAUUCGAUGCUGAACAAAUGGCAGAAUUAUCAGUUGAUAAGUUUGCUAGACGUCCAUUUUUGUACUUGUUGUGUGGAUUGGAUGGUAAAUACUUUAACCCACAUGUCAUGAAAUCUUUGAACCGUUACACUGAGAUGAGUUCCGCCACUUCUAAGAAACCUCAAGAAUCUAGAAAACUGGAGUUGUUGAGCAAAUUCGCCCCACUCUUCUACGAAGCCAUCGCUAAGUACAACGGGAAGGUGUUUAGCGAAAAUAUUGGAUUACAAUUUGUCAAUGAGGUGAUGAUCCAUGCUCCAAAAGAGGAAUCUUUGGAAGAAUCUAGAACUCAGGCCAUUAAUUCCAUCAUUAGCGCACUUCAAGGGGAAAUUUCCCAAGAUGACCAUCUCAUCAAUAAGCCAUUCGCUUCUAGACUCCUUAAGUCUUUGAUUCAAGGGGGUCAAUGGAACUUCAAGCAACAAGUGAUUGAAAAAGACAAUGACUCGCAAAUUGGUGUCCCAUUUGCUCAUUUGUUGAUUAAUGAAGUGGUGAAGAGUGAAGACUUAUCCAAAUGGAUCGAAUCCAAGAAUGGUUCAUUUAUUGUUGCUGGGUUAUAUGAAGCAUUAAAGAAAGAAGAUGAUAAAGAAAGCAAAGAGUUUGUGAAAUCUGUUGGCAAGUUCAAAAAGAUUUUGAAGAAAUUGGGUGAUGAAAAUAAAGGUGGAAAGUUAUUGUUAAAGUUGAUUGAAGCUUGA